AUGAGCAAAAUCAGUCGAAUCGAACAGAAGUACCGCUUUGGUUGGCAAGUGCUCGUCCGCCUCAUCAAACUCGUUCCACUGCUGUUCGCCCGACCACGAUUUGCUAUCGCGUUCACAGUGCUCACACUUGUGUGUGCAGUCGGAAAUGAAGUGGUGGCUCAGAAAUCCGGAACGGUAACCGGACGAUUCUAUAAGGACUUGCUUCGUCGUGAUGAGAAGGCCUUCUGGAACACUUUUGCCUUGGCCACUACAAUUUACGCAGGGCAAUGCAUGAAUUUCAGUGAUCAACGAAUAACGCAGGAUGUCGAGAAAAUGUGUAAUGUGCUGGCAACGAAGCUUACUCCAUCAUUACUUGUAGCACCGUUCGUCAUCGCCUUCUAUACGUUCAAAACGUGGCAGACAGCUGGUGGAUUCGGCGUAGGCUUUAUUUACGUGUACUUUAUCCUUGGAGCUGUAUUGAAUCGUAUCCUUAUAUCGCCUCUUACAAAGUGGGCAGCCAGAGUGGAAAAAGCAGAAGGUGACUUUCGGUUCAAGCACGUCUCAGUACGCAAUCACGCCGAGGAAAGCGCAUUCUAUCGAGCAGCCGAGUUUGAGAAAAACUCUUCAGAUGAGAUAUUCUCCGUGUUAUGGAAGACUCAGAGAAAACUUGUGCUGUGGCAAUUUCCAACACCAAGGUUGGGAAAUUAG